UGCUCAAACACUUCUGGUAACCCCCUUUAUAUCAGGAGGUUCGUCCGAUAUACUUUGCACCGAGUUCUAAAUGAUAUAAUGUUUAUAUUUCCUCAGAAAGUUAUCACUAAGCGAGAACUAAUUAUUAUUACAUGUUAGAAUUCUAUUUUAUGAAACAUCGGACAUUACUUCUUGCUAAAAGUAUUCUAUGAGCAUUACCUCUAUCAAUAACAAUUUACUCAAUCGAAAAUCGGAUACUUCAUUGUAUUUCCUUUAAAGCUAAAAAAACGACUUGACAACGAAGCCUAAAAGAUAUGGAUUGUUGAGGUGCUUGCCCGUGAAAAGUUGACAAGCCUUUAAUUUUUUGUUUUUGUCAUAAAUCUCUGAUAAAAAACUACAAUAAAUGUUCAAGUAUUUCAGUUUGGGAGGUCUUAAAAGCAGAACAUUGUCUGCUCUUCCUCAGUUGGUAUUUAAGUUUCGUUAGCUUUAGAACAUGCUGUCCCCGGUUUUUGCUUACAAAUGUGUUGGUUUUUGUUUUUUUGUCUUGAUUAUUAUAUCCGUCCUGCCAAAUUACAAUUUACCGGAUUACGGGACUAAAAACAGUGAACUUGAAAAGGAUCUAACAGAAAAUACUACUCGUAUCAAUUUGCAUAGUAAAUUGAUUGAAGAGAAAAAAGAUCUUGUGGAUUCGGCUUCGUCACUAUAUUUUGUUGAGAGCAGCAAGUGCAAGAUACCCUAUGUGGACCCUUUCGACGCUGAAGUCUCUGCGAUCUACAAACCACUUGUGUUUGAGUCCUGUUCAAAUGAUUCCGGCUUAGUUACCCCGGUUUACAAUAAAGUCAGCAGGCACUAUGUCCUGCAUAUCAAUGAAACCUUGGCCGCCCAGAUUCUUAAUUCGAGUAGUAUAGAAUAUAACUGCUUUUACCAGGAGGUGAUUCGAAAUUCAUAUCGUGAUGGCUACGAUGUUUUAGAAGCUAAGUACUUCUCGCAGGACUAUGUGGUUCCGCGGCAUGUUCAGGGACUUGUGUCGACCUGCCACCGCUUGGGAAAUGACUCGCAUAUCCUGCAGGCGGAUGGCUUUACACUCAUCCAAUACGCAGAACACUCUUCCAAGAACCAAUCCUCGGAAGAUCCGGCGCGACGCAAGCCGAGUGUCAUCAUGUUUGGCAUUGAUAAUCUUUCCAGGAUUAAUCUGAGACGCACCAUGCCCAAGGUUUACAAUUUUCUUACUCGCAAGGGCUGGUACGAAAUGCAAGGAUACAACAAGAUUGGCGACAACACCUAUCCAAAUCUGCUGGCCAUUUUGACUGGCCAUAGUCUGGACUCCGUUAGGGACGAUAUUUGUGAUUUCAAAGUAAGGGGUUGCAUGGAUCGUUAUCCCUUCGUGUGGAAACUGUUUCAGGAGGCGGGCUACCUAACGGCCUUCGCAGAGGAUGAGCCAGGCAUGAGUACCUUUAACUACAUAAAACCUGGUUUUGUGGAGCAACCCACUGACUAUUAUCAACGACCCAGCCAAAAGGCCUUCGAGGCAUUACUGCCCCAAUGGAAGUGUCCUGAGUGUACAAUGAAAUACUGUAUAGGUCGAAGGAUCACCAGUAGCUAUAUUUACGAUUUCGGUUCCGAAUUCGUGCGACGGUAUGUAGACGAGAGACCCAUUUGGGGGCUCUUCUGGACGAAUAGCUUUAGUCACGACCACUACCAGAUGCCCUCCAAGAUGGAGGACUUCGUGCUGCAGUAUCUUUUGGAUUUUGAAGCCGAUGGAGUUUACGAGCAAAGCAUUGUGAUAUUUCUCUCCGAUCAUGGGAAUCGAUAUGGCCAGUUAGUGGGCUUAUCCAGUGGUUUCCUGGAGAAUCGUCUACCCACGAUGUUUAUCUACUUGCCCCCAUGGUUCCGAGCUCACUACCCUGAAUACACACGAGCUCUGCAGCAAAAUCAGCGUCGGCUCACCUCCAACUACGACCUGUACAACACCCUGGUGCAUCUCAUCGAUCUGGGCAAUCCCAAGAAUACGCCAAAAUGGCCCAGGUCCCCCAGUUGCCCAAAAUGCCACUCGCUUUUCGAGGUGGCGGAUGCGGAGCGGACCUGCGAGGAUGCCGGCAUUCCGGAGCACUACUGCACCUGCGUUCCAUUCAAGACAGUAUCAGCCAAGUGGACUGAGCGGAUUGCUCCCCUGGUUAUCCGCAAUAUAAAUGGCUAUCUGGAGGAACGGAAUCUCACUGGCAUUUGUGCGAACCUUACACUUAAAUACAUCCACAGGACUGAGAUGAAAAUAGACCUGGAUAAGAACUACCAUGAAAAGUCGCCUUCUUUCGAAGUUGGGGUCUAUCGAACCAAAUUUAAGGUGAAACAGGGAGGUGCUGACUUCGAGGCCACUGUUUCCUUCAACAAUGCCACCGAAACCGUGAAGGUGGAGAUGCCCUCCAUUAGUCGCGUAAACUCCUACGAAAAAACUGCCAAGUGCGUGGAAAAUAAAAUUGACAGGUUAUACUGCAUUUGUCUAAGUAGUCUUAACGAGUAGAUCUAAAGAGUUGGGUAUCAAACCCUAUUUAUCAUUAUAACAAUCAAACAAGCUAGUUGAGAACUCAGUUUAAGCAUAAAGUGACACAAUUGUAUAUUUAUAGACUCGUACGCCAUGCCAUGAACAGAUCUCCGACCACUUCAGUACGCUUCUCUAUUUUAUAAGUACUUGCCAUAUGCCGGCUAUCCAAUGAUUAUUUGAAAUUAACAAUGAAAUUGAUACUUUACGAAGCCGCAAGGGUGGCCACAAAACAUGUUUUGUGAAUGGAAACUGUUGUGAAAACUAAUUUACGAAUCAAUCAAAAUAUACGCGCAUCAAAAUUUA